UUAUUCAUAAGGAUGCCAAAAAAGUCGGCGCUUCCUAAUGCAUCAGUUUUUGUCAAGAACUUACCCUAUGAUGCCAAAGAAGUUGAUCUGAAAGACGUAUUUGGAAAAUUUGGCAGAUUACGAGAUGUUUAUAUCCCUCUCGACUUUCACACAAAGGAACCACGAGGUUUUGGAUACAUUCAAUUUGAAAACGAGCAAGAUGCUGAAGCAGCUGUUCAGGAACUACACGGUUUUAAAAUGAAAGGUCGAGAACUUGAUGUACGCUUUGCAGAAGGGGAUCGCAAAAAACCAGGUCAAAUGGUGAGGAAGGAAACCACCUCACGGAGAAACAGUUCUUCUGAUCGGAGAAGAUCAGAGUCCCCACGACGGAGAAGGAGUUCCCCUCAGCCUCAUAGAUCAAUGAAUAGGCGCAACUCCCCUCCUUCUUAUCGCAACUCCCACCGGGAUCAUUCACCAUUGUUACGGCAAGGAAAUCGUUCACCAUUAAGACAGAGAUCCCCUAUCAUUCGUCAGCGAUCACCUCCUCAGCAAAGAUCCCCUACCAGAGGAGGAUCUCCUGUAAGAAACAGAUUGACAGUAGGACUUGACCCAGCUCGCUCUCCUCCUUCCAGGAGAAGAAUACCUGUACGAAGGAGCUCCCCAGGCCCAGUUAGAAACAGAUCCCCACCGGGUAAAGAACACAUUGUGAGGAGGCAGAGGUCGCCAGCUCCACACAAUCGUCCACAGAGAAGGGUCAGGUCUCCUGCUCCUCUUAUUGAAUCUCCCCCUCAACAUUCUGACCAUGCUUUGAGGCGUUCCCCUGGAAACAGAUCCCCUAUUCAUCGCACUUCCCGUAGAUCACCCUCUCCUGGUCUCAGACCCAACGUGAACAGAAGUAAACACAGCAUAAGAGAAGAGUUGAUCAUAUUAUCUAGUAGGAGAUCUACCAGCCCUCCCAGAGUCCGUCACCAUACCAGCCCUUUAACAAACCACAGGAUAACUGUUUCUAAUGACAACAAGGAUGAUAGGACGAUAGGGUCCUCACGACAGGGUGGCAGAGUGCGGGCUAGAGAUGAUCGAAUGAAUGAAAGGCGAGAUGAAAAAAAUGUAGAUGAUGGUCGACAGUCUAGAUAUGAUGGACUCAGGCGAACACAAGGAUCUUUUGAUCAGAGUCCUCCAAGGAAAAGGCCAAUCAGGCGCAGCCCCAUGCAAGCAAAUCACAGUACUGCACCACCCAAUAGAUCACGUUUCUCUCCAGAUAUCCCAAAAGGGAGAGUAAGUUCUCGACCUAGAGGUAGGUCUCCGAAAGGAGGAAGGGAUGUUGUGCGUGGGAGGUCACCUCAAGCAAGAGUUUUGCUCGAAACUCCUGAAAUACCAGUUCAUCAUGAGAGAACACAUUCACCUCGAUCACACAAAAUGUCUGACCGGAGACGUGAGGACCACACCAACCGCAGUCGUAGAAGGCAGAGUGAUUCUAGACGAAACAAUGAAGAGGAUUUUGAGUUUGUUGAUGAGGAAGAGUAUUACGAAGAGUUGGAUGCAAUGGAUGAUAUGGACAAUCUGGACAUAGACUUCAACUAAAGCUAGAGAUUAAGUUGCAUCAGCUAUUGGUAGAUUUGCAGAUUCUCCGGAAUUCUUCAGUCAAAGGUCACUCUAAAAGAACUGCUCUUCGGUUAAAGCUUCAUGUACACAAUAUGUUGUUCCAAGCCUCAAUCCCCCUCAAGGUAGUGAAAGGCCCACAGCAAAGCUUCAAUUUGCUUCAAGGUAGUUAUGGGCGGACAUGCCAUGGUUUCACUUGCUCCAAUGAUAUGAAAGGCCGACAUCAAAGUUUCUUCUGCUUCAAAGUCUUCAAACGUUUACAAAGGUUCAAUUUAUGCCAAAGUAGUCAAAUACAAUGCCAAAGGUCCAUUUUUUCCCCAAAGUAGUCAAAUUUAAUAUCAAAGCUCUAUUCUGCUCCAAAGUGUUCAUAUGAAACAGUCGAGGUUUCAUUUUGCUCCAGCAACCUUAGAUUAUGAGCUAGAGAAUUAAAUGAUAUUUCCAACCUUUUGCGGCUUAUCAAUUUAUUUGAUGGAAAAGUGUUCCACUGUGAUAUUGCUGUUAUUUGACACAUCCAUGAAGACGUCAAAGUUUGGGAAGUGAAUCAGCUGUCUCCACUUCCAAAAGGUUUCUUGUCCAAUAUCUGACCUCCCCCGAUGAUGACUAGAGUUGGUAAAUUUAUAGUUCCUAAUAUUAUUCAGCACCUAGUCCUGUAUAAAAUUACUGAACGAUGGAGAAAAUUGAAGAAAUUAUAUACCAAGAUUCGUAUCUUUAAAAGAUGAUGUCAUAUUGCCAUACGAUCAAAGAAAUAAAGGUAACGUAAACCGACAUGAACAAAGAAAUAAGUUUAACUUAAGCCGGUAUGGAGUUUUUUAAACACCGCCAUAACAACACUACAGUUACCAUGACAACACUACUGUUACCAUGACAAUGAUAAAGAAUUUAAGGACAAAACCGCUUACGCGCUACGUAAACCUUAAAGAUCUGUUGAGAUCUAUUCUCGGAUUUAAAGUAGUUAAAGAAAGUAAAAGGCUUUUAAAAGGUUUCAAAGAUCGAUCUGUUAUCAUAACAGCCCUCUGCAAUAGUCGAGUAAUAAGAUUCACGACGCCCUGGACUGUCAAGAGAACGCCAAGUCAAACAGUUUUAUUCACGAAACAGCAGUUAUACAGGAGAUUAAUAUUACUCUGAGAGGAAAAUGUUCGUUGCCCAUAUAUGGGCAUCAUGAGAAUCUCAUGAUGAGAUACUAAACUGCUAUACUGAAACAAUUCAACCAUGUCUUCAUUUUAUCUUUAAUGACACAAAGAUGAUGUGUCCUAAUGGGAUAUUUUUGUAUCGACAAUAUUUUAAAUGUAAUCUGUUAUGAUAUGUUAGUAUUAAGAGGGAAGCAUGCUAAAAGCCUUAUUUGCAUAGUAGGGUAUUGUGUAGUAUUAAAAUGAAACUAGUUUCUAGAGUAUGUUACUUAGUAAAUAGUCUCCUAGCCUACUAGUCUACAUAAUUUAAUAGGAAUGAUUUUUUAAUUUUCUAGUUGGAUUUUGUUACCCUAGCUCCGUAGUAUGUCUCUGUGAUAAUGUUCUCUAACCUGCAAUACUUUGUUCUUACGGCACUGUAAAACUCACUAUAAUUUCUUUUUAAACUACUUUAAUUAAUGGGAUAAAGUAACACUCAACAGGUUGAAUGAAUUGUGAAUUGUUUCUUUUGCGUAUCACUGCUUUUCAGAGUUGCACUCAAAUUUUAUGAUGUUCAGAGCGAGCAAUAAAAUAGAAAGUAAAGAUAAAGUGGCAGGAAUAAAGAAUCUGUAAAGAUUAUAUUUGGACAGAGAUUCUAGAGUUCUAAAGGCUAAAGAUUAUAUAAAGGCUAAAGCUAAAGAUUUUAUUAAAGUUCAAGAUUCCCUAACGAAUAACAAAGAUUAAAGAUCCAUACAAGUGCAAUUUGUCAUGUCACAUCGCCGCAGUGGUAGAGGCAGAGGGACCACCUCUUUGUUUAUACGUAAUGUGUCAUACGACACCAAGCCUGAGGAUCUGCGCAAGUUGUUUACUCGGUAUGGCUACGUGAGAGACGUGUACAUCCCACUUGACUACUACACGAGAGAGCCACGUGGUUUCGCGUAUGUUGAGUUUGAGGACGCACGUGACGCAUCAGAUUCCAUGGAGGAGCUGGACGGAUACAGGUUCAUGGACAGGGAGUUGGAGAUUGUUUUUGCAGAGGGCGACAGAAAGAAUCCUAACCUGAUGAGACGCAAGGAGACCGCGGCUACACGUUACGGUUACGGCCGGAGGGGCAGCCGCAGUCGCAGCAGGAGCCCCAGAAGGAGACGCCGCAGCAGAUCCCCCCGCAGAUCCCGUCAGUCCAGGUCCAGAUCACACACACCUGGCUCUAAAACACCCUCUCGUUCCAGAUCCAGGUCCAGGAGUCAGCCCCGCCGCUCCUCCAACAGAAGGAAAUCUCCCACUCCCAAAUCAGCUUCCCGCUCUCCUGUUUCCGCUGCCUCUGGAAGAUCUAGGUCCAAAUCACCAUAAUAUCAAACCAUGCAGACUGAAAACCGAGCAAGCCUUGUACCUUGUUACAUUUUAAAUCUCUGUAUAACAUCUACACAAUAUCCACUGAUGAUAAACUCUCUUAAAAUUAAGAGAGUGCUUAAGACUAAAUUUUACUCAGGAUAUAUUCAAUAAUAUUUUUUGGGGGCAGCAGUUAUCAGGUAUGAUCUGGUAUCAUUUGGUAUACACUGAUUUGUUAUUUUAGGGUUUACUUCCAAACUUAAGUAAUAAAAUGGGGUAUUGCAGCCAGGAGUAAACAUUAUAAUUAUGGAAAUCUCCAGUAUUUAAAGAUAAUUUAAUUGUUCUUUCAGUUCGUAGUUUCUUGGUUUAACCUUGGAAAUCGGUUAUUUUAAUGAAAUGUUCCUUAAACGAUAUCCAAAAAAUAAAAGUAUGUCAAUUAAAAUCUGCGAUUAGAGACAAUGAAACGGUGACUUAUAUAUUAUGAGUAUUAUAUGUCCUUAUACUAUCAGUUCUCAAGUUGUUAAA